AUGUUGGAUAUGGUGAGAAGUGUUCUCAAGGAUGAAUAUGAGGAAGUUUUGCAAGACCCGGUCUUUGGUCCAAUUCUGGCAAUCCUAGAGAACAAGCUCAUGUACUCAGGGAAGAUUAUUCACUGCUUCAUAUGCAAGCAGCUCAAGGUUUCCAAGCUUCACGAGCUGUGGUUUGUAUUUGCAAGGAGGCCUCUUAGGUUUUCACAGCAAGAAUUUUAUGUUGUGACUGGACUCAAGUUCAAGGAUGAACCUGACAUAGACUUUGAAGAUUGGGAGGAUGAUAAGGGGUUUUGGAGCAGGGUGUUGAAGCAGAACUGGAAGAUUAGCUUAUUGAGUAUAAGGACUGAGCAUCUUGAAGUCUGUAACAAGUGGACGUAUGUGGACAGGGUGAGACUAGUGUAUCUCUGUAUUAUCCAAGGAUACCUCAUAGCUAAGGAUGAUAGAGUUUCUAUCCCUCUAGAAUACAUCCGCUUGGUGAUGGAUUUUGGUAAGAUGACGAUGUUUCCUUGGGGUCUUCAUGCGUAUGAUGAGCUGAUUGAUUCAAUACGUAAAGCAACCAAAGAUCUACAUCUGAAGAACAAUUACGUGCUGGAUGGAUUCUCCAUUGCGUUUCAGAUAUGGGUUAUGGAGGCAAUCCCCGACAUUGGUACUAUGGUGGGUCAAAAGUUCAACAAAAACAUUACCAAAGUGAGAUGUAGGAAUUGGAAAGGAAGUGGGAAAGUGUCUUACGAAGAUAUCAGUAGCCUGGAGUCGCACUUCGAUAAGGGAGAGUUGUUCCCUUUUAUAUCUGCUUCUGGGAACUCGGAUGUGAUUGAUAGUGAUCAGUUCUUCAGGGAAGAUGAGAAGAAUGACGAAAGAGUUGGACGUAUUGUUGCUCUGAUCAAUGCCAAACAAGAUUGGUCAGAAUUUGAAUGGGAAGUUCAGGCUUUGCCUCGAAAUGUGGAGCUGUCUGAUUCAGAAGAGGGUGUUGAUGUCGGAGAUGUCACAGAAACCCAUGUGGAGGAACCAUCACAUGUAGAGGAAUUGGCUGUUAUUGCAAGAAGGGGCAAGCGUAAGAUAAAUGAUCCUGGUGCCGAAGCCCGAAAGAAACAAUUGCUUUGUCAAUGGGCGGCUGAACAUAACAGUGGUAUCUCCGGUCAGAUGAAGACUUUCAUUGAAGGAUUAUUCACCUCUUUAAAGGAGGUGGUGCAGAAAGACAUCGAAGAGCGUUUUGACAAGGUCGACAAAGAGAUGGCUCAAAUCAAGGAAGUGUGUCUAAGAUUUCGGGUCCGUCAGAUACAAUGGGAAAAGAAAGAGCCUCUGAGAUUUUGUGUCCUUCAGCAAGAAUGGAGAAAGACCAAUGGCGAGAAACAUCACAGAGUCUGUCUCCUUCAGCAGCAAAGGAAAAAGGCAAAGGCAAGGCAGCUGAGACUGGGGUUCCUCCUACGGUUCGUCGUAGCCCUCGGCCAAGAAAGGUAA